AUGGCGCCAGCGCUACCGCAUUGCCAUCUAGCUACGCUCGUCAAAAAAAAGCACCCCGCUUUCGUCUCCUUGCUCGCAGUUUCGUCCACUUAGCGACACUGACGCAAGACGUACGACGCGAAGACACGUCAGUGACGUGGGGAAUACAGGGCGCCGCGCUGCUGACGCAUGUCUCUGCAGGAUCUGCCCUGCCUGAGUCUUCAGGGCUCCAUGUUGUCUCAGUCCAAGAGGAUCAACAAACGCAAGUCCAGAUGCGGCUUCACUGAGGGCCUGGACACAGAGUGCACUCCAACAGAGCUCAUCCAGCAGUGGUCACCCCGACACAAGCACCAGCGGCUCAUCAGCAAGGGGAAAGAGAACGACUGCAACCAGUUUGUCCUGGCCAGGAGAUCGAGGAGAAAGAGAGAAUCCACGUCAGCAGGCAUUUCAUGGGACCACCUACCAGAUGAGCUGCUUCUCAAAAUACUCUUCUACCUCCCUCUGCAGGACCUCCUCAGGGUGUCGAUAGUUUGCAAGCGCUGGCAUUGCUUAGCGUUUGAUGAGUCUCUGUGGCACAGCGUCGAUCUGGAGGGGUUGACCCACAUGGGUGUGGCUUUGCAACAGGUCCUGAAAACUGGGGUCCGCAGGCUGCGCUGCCCUCGCUCCUUCUUGGAAGAGCUGCAAUUCACAGGCACAGGCCCACUGCAGAUAGUUCAGAUGGACCUGUCCAGCUCAAUCAUCCCCACCUCAGCUCUGGAGAACAUCAUAUGUCAUUGCAAGUUGCUAGAGUAUCUGAGCCUGGAGGGUCUGCAGCUCUCAGACACCAUCAUCAACUCUCUGGCCAGGAACCCAAACCUGCUGCAGCUCAACCUGAGCGGCUGCUCUGGCUUCUCUGCUCCUGCUCUAGCUGACAUGUUCACAUCCUGCUCCAGUAUAGAGCAGUUGAACAUAUCAUGGUGUGAAUUCAACACUAAUCAUGUGAAGAGUGUUGUCAAUAAUCUAAGCUCCAGUGUUACUCACCUCAACCUCAGCGGUUACAGAGACAGCCUCACACUAGACGAUGUGAAGUUGCUGGUGGUGAGAUGCCCUCAUAUUCAAACUCUAGAUUUAAGUGACAGCACUCUGCUAAUGGCUGACAGUUUCCCAGUCCUCGCACAACUCAAGUAUCUGCUGCAUCUGUCCCUGAGUCGCUGCUACCACAUUCACCUUGCUGCUCUCACUGACCUAGGCAAGACGUUCCCCAUGCUGUGCCUCCUGGAUAUUUUCGGCCUUGUACACGACAGCCACCUGCCCUCUCUGAAGAAAGAGAUGCCUCGCGUCUGCAUCAACUCCCGGCCGUUCUCUGGCAUCGCCCGGCCCACACCUGCCAGCAGGCUCAUCGGUUCCUUCAGCGACCGCACUAUGUGGAACAGGAGGUGUCGACUGAGGUUCAAACUGUAACCACCACGUCUCCCGCCUUUGUUGCUGAGUGUCUCAUGCUGCAGGACUCCAAAACACAUACAGGAAGUCCAGCUUGUUGUGCAGGGAUGGAGUCAUGUUUCAGCAUUCCUUGCUGCUACAGAAUAUGCUUUUAGUGUUGGCUGGCACUAACAGUACUGAAAGUCACAUACUGGACCAUGUUUUUAAGUACUGAAAGUGCAAGCCUGUAGGGAAAUGCCAUUCUUUGUUUAGGAAGUCAGAUUUGAAUGUUGAAUCCAGUUCAUGUUGGAAUGUAUUAACAGAAUGUCUAUAAAUAUUUGGGACAGUUGAUUCCUCAGACAUCUUUUAAUAUGAUGGUAAAAUCUUCUUUUCUCAGCUGUAAUAAUGAGAGAAGAGUUGAUUUUAAUCAGAAUAGGUUUUUAUGUAAAACGAUGUAUCUGGAUCUUGAAUCUCCAAAUCAACUGUUGAUAUUUCUAACGAACCACCUUGUCAAAAAGAAACUUUUAUAUGCAGGCUCAAGGUCUCACUGAGUUGCUGUAAAUGAUCAGCAGCUGAACAGUGUAGAUGUGUUCACUGCUGACCAGGUUGUACAGUUGUACGUUUUGAACUUUCUUCAGCUGGACAGCAGCUGCUUUUUAUACUGAUCUCAUUAUGUCAGUAUACAUGUGUCAUUGCUCUAGAUUACCAUUUCAUUCAAAUGUCAUACAGACAGAACUUAAAUGGAAUACAAGUUUUAAUUUUUAUUAAUUUCCCUUCUGAGUCUUAACGAGUAAACCACUGAAUUACAUAAACUGUUCUGUGUCCCAUCUUGUUUUCAUGUGUUUAAUUGGGCUUUUAAGUCUUCGUGAUUGUUAAGCAUGGAAGUUAUUCUUGACCUUGGAAAUACAGUGCAUUCAGAA